UCCGCUCGGUCACUGUUGUUUUAAAAGGCGCUCAGUGGUGAGUGAACUGAAUAGGUACAGGAUGCUACGUCUGCGGUGCAAAGCUAAAAACGGGACCCAUCUGAUGCAGGGCCUUACACACCAAUCUUGCGUUCAGGAGCUUAAAGAUAAGAUUGAGGAGCUAACAGGGAUACCAUGUGAUGUACAGAAGAUCAUGGUAGGCUAUCCACCGUCCAGUCUGGAUCUACGCGAUGGGGAAGCCCACCUCAAAGACUACCCUAUCAAAUCAGGAGACACGUUGAUUGUAGAGGAGGAGAAGAACAAACCCAAACCCCAAGUGCAAGCCACUGUGACCAAAGGGCCCAGUUUUGACCUGGCUCCUGUUCUAGAGCGCCGCGUCGUCCCUGCCGACAACUCUUGUCUGUUUACCAGUGUGCACUUCGUUAUGGAGGGGGGUGUGUACGACCCAGCCUGUGCGCCUGAAAUGCGUGGGCUCAUCGCACAAAUAGUAGCCAGUGACCCCACUGCGUACUCGGAGGCUGUAUUGGGCAAGACCAACGAGGACUAUUGUGCCUGGAUCCGUCGAGAUGACACAUGGGGAGGCGCCAUUGAGGUUUCAAUCCUCUCGAAGUUCUUCCAGUGUGAGAUUUGCGUCGUCGACACCCAGACUGUGCGCGUCGACCGCUUCGGCGAGGAUGUGGGUUACACCAAACGGGUGCUGCUUAUUUAUGAUGGUAUUCAUUAUGACCCGCUCCAAAAGGUGAUGCCCAGUUCGGAUGUUCCCGCACAGACGGUGUUCUCCACCACCGAUGACAUCAUUUUGGCCCAGGCGCUGGAGCUCGCGGACGAGGCGCGGAGGAAACGUCAGUUCACGGACGUCAACCGCUUCGCUCUGCGCUGCAUGGUGUGCCAGACUGGCCUGGUGGGGCAAAAAGAAGCAAGGGAGCAUGCGAAGGAGACCGGGCACACCAACUUCGGGGAGGUGUGACGCUCUCUUCGCUCCAUCCUUGAAAUCACCCCCACUUUUGCCGCGUCACUGCCACGCCACCUGACAUGGUACCCGCUCUUUCACUGCUGCCUGUUCCGGCUUGGUUCAGUCCUCUACCUCACAUUGUCUAGCGGCUUCAAGGGACUUUUAUGUGACGAGUUUUGAUCCUGAGAAUUCUGUAUUCUUUCAACUUCGAUUUACUCUUGAGGUUGAAGUGUUAAAUCGUGCUCGUGCUUUUGAGUCUGUUGCCUGAUAUGAUGACAAAGCCGUCUCUUCAAACCAAAUUUUACAGGGAUUCUCCACUGAUUUACAACCUACAGUUUGUUACAAUGAUUAUAAUACUAGUAUUAGUGUGAAUCUCGUGAAACACAUCCAGGUCAUAUUUCUUUCUAAAAUCAAAGAUUUUUUUUUAUUGUAUAUAUGUGUAUGUGUGUGUAUAUACACACACAUUUACACAAAUAUAUCUUAUGACACCAUUCACCAUUAAUAUAAAAAAAAAAAAAUACAUUGUUAUUUUAUUUUAAGACAGCUAGGUACAUUACCCCACUAAAUUCUAAUUCGAUAUUUAUAUUUUAAAUUAUUUAUAUAUCAUAGUAUUGAUUGUUGUACUGCUUUGCAUUUACACUGAUUAAAUUCAUUUUUAGUCACUUUUAAAUGUAAACUUGUAUAACAUUUCAAUGGUCAUACAAUCAUUUUCUUUACGAUAAAUACGAUAAAAUGGUGUCAGAUGUGACCUAGACAUGUUUCCGUGAGAUUCACCCAUGACACUUUUCUGUUGUCUGCAGCUCAAAGAUGUCCCGGUUUGUUUGACAAUGCUAGCUAAACUCUAAGUAGUAUCUUACAACUAAUGAAACUUUUAAUGGGAUAUUGCAUAAUAAGUGUUCUUUUUUAAACUAAUGAAUCAUGUAUGUUAAUAUUUCCAGAUAUAAAGUGCUUCUGGAUAGUAUUUCAAAGCUAUUGAACAGCGCUAAAGACAUGCCUUUCAUGAUGGUUUAAACAUGGCAUUACUGUAUUUAUAUAUUAUCUGUCUUUUUAAGGUCAUGCGCACAGCUUCUGAACAGUCGAUGGCACUACAUUAAGUCUUAUGUUCACUGGCUCCAUUGUACCUGUUACUUGAAAUAGUCACAGAUCAACUGUGUUCCUGAAUCCUCAGUAUGGUUUUUACAUAUUUUGAGUAAGCUAUUUAGCUGGAAAGAGUGGAUUUUAAAUUGUAAAAUGGUGCUGAUAGUAGAAUCUCACUGAACGACUUUGUGAAUCUGUAGAUUUUGGGCACUUGUGUAAUUUCUGCAAAUGACCACACAAGAUUGUUUUAUGCAAAUGUGUUUAUUCUCUCUCAAGUGACUGACGUAUUGUUUGGAAGAGUGAUUGUAGUGACUUUGGUUUUGCAUUUUAAGCGGAGAAAUGUAUCAUUGAACUUUUUCCUUCUCACAGGGACGAUAUCAGAGGUUUAGAAACACGUUUAGUGUAGCAAAGCAUCUUAGUAUUAGAGAGUGUGGAUGAAAUUUAGAGAGAAGACAUCUUGUAAGGCCUGAUGACGAUGUACCUUCUCAGUAUUUUUCAGUCAGGUACUAUCCACACAGUUGUUUACUUGUUUGCAGCCUUUUUUUGAAGAAGAAAUGGUGCCAUUGUAAGGCCAAAGGACUUUUUUAUUUUGCAGUGAUUUUUCUAAAUGGCCGUGAUCAGUGUUUUACCGACUCUAAGGUAACUUUGAGUGAGAAACUGCAUGUCCAACACUCAUUGCUACAAAAUCACUGGUUAUACUGGGGUUAAUGAUAAAUAAACUUGAAUUGAUCUAUUUAAAUAUUG